GAGCCGCGCACGGGCGGGGACUUUCCGGGAGACGGCUGGACCAGCUGAGCCAGGCAGCCCCCGUGACCUGCCCAGGGCAGAGCGACCGGGCGAAGGCCCGGGACUGACCUCCGGGCAGGAACGACGAGCCCGAGUCCCGCCCACCACGAGUGGUCCCGGAGGAACCCCUGGCCCGGUUCACACCGCCGGCCGGUGUCCUCUGCUACGCGGCCGGAGCAGCGUCGCCUGGCGCUCCUCGAAGUAACACAUCGGUCCGGGAAGUGCCCCGACCCAUUUUACAGGGAACCCACGCCUGGGGCCGCGGCCCACGACCCGGAACUGCCGACCACGCCUCCUUAAGCGCCCGCGCAACGCGCCAGCGCCCGCGAGGGCGGGCCGGGAUCUGGCGCCUGCGCAGACGCGACGGCGAGCUGCGUCGUUACUUUUGAAACCAGUGGCGGGACCCGCUGUGGAGCCCAUCGGAGCCUUGCGGUCGCCGAGUGCUGGGGCCGCGCGCCGCGGCCUUGGGCCUGGCCAUGGCGCGGCAGCUCUCCCGGGAGCAGGGCAUCACCCUGCGUGGGAGCGCCGAAAUCGUGGCGGAGUUCUUCUCAUUUGGCAUCAACAGCAUUUUGUAUCAGCGUGGCAUUUACCCCGCCGAAACCUUUACUCGGGUGCAGAAAUAUGGACUCACCUUGCUUGUAACUACUGAUCCUGACCUUAUGAAAUACCUAAAUAAUGUGGUGGAACAACUAAAAGAUUGGCUGUACAAGUGCUCCGUUCAGAAACUGGUGGUGGUCAUCUCGAACAUCGAAAGUGGCGAGGUCCUUGAAAGAUGGCAGUUUGACAUCGAGUGUGACAAGACUGCCAAAGACGACAGCACACCCAGAGAGAAGUCUCAGAAAGCGAUCCAAGACGAAAUCCGCUCGGUGAUCAGACAGAUCACUGCUACCGUGACGUUUCUGCCGCUGCUGGAAGUUCCCUGUUCCUUUGAUCUGCUGAUCUAUACGGACAAAGAUCUGGUUGUGCCUGAGAAGUGGGAAGAGUCGGGGCCGCAGUUCAUUACCGACUCCGAGCAGGUGCGCCUGCGCUCCUUCACCACCACCAUCCACAAGGUGAGCAGCACGGUGGCCUACAAAAUCCCCGUCCUCGACUGAGGGGGCGCCAGUGGCACGAGUGGGGUUCUCCGAUGCCUGCUUCCUGAAACCACGUCAGCGACAGUCUGUGAUGCGCUUCACUGCUUGAUUUUCAGAUGAGCCAAACCCAACAUUUUAUUGAACUGCAUGAUUGUUCCAUCUUUUGGUACCUGUUUGACUUUCAAUGUAAUUUUUUCCAUACUAUUCAGAAGGGAGCCGCAGGUGGCAUGGGCACCACCAGGUCCUUUUCUGUGAUGGUCGUAACUAGACGGGAAAACUUGUGCUGUAAAGCUGAGCGUCUUUUUAAUCCUACCUUCUGGUCGAGUAGCUUGAGUCAGACAGAAUGCAGGUGAACAUGAAACACAGCAGCAGAAGCCCGCCAUUCGGAAUCUUUAUUUAGGACUAAAGUGACUGAUCGGCCACCGCAACAAAACACUUCUAUUAGGUCCUUCUGCCAUCUGUUUCAUUUGUAUAGUUUCCAUAUUGAAGAAAAUCUCCAAUUAUUUGAUUUAAUGUAUAUAAUUUACACCCAUAAAGCCACUGCUAUUUCUACUGUUUAAAUUUUGGUGAUACAGAAUUCCUAAUGUCUUUUUGUUUAUAAAAUCAGGCUCUAAGUGACAGUGAUAAAUAAAGUUAGAUGUGUGUGUUUUA